GAGGAGGAGGAGGAGGGAGGAGGAGGAGAGAGGGGGAGCGCGCUCGCAUUACUGGGUCACGUUUGUCUUACAGGGAGACGGAUUAAUUGUGUUUUUCACAGGAAAAAAUGAAGAGCUACACAGAUCAAACUCUGUGCCCUUUGCAUUAAAAGGUAUUUUUAAAUCCACAGUACUGGAAGAGGGAGUCUGGGUGUUUUUUUCUCGUUACAGCGAUGCAGCCUGAUGUAAUUGUGGUUUAGAAAGACUGAGUUAUUUAGAUUGUCCGGGUCAGUGUCCUCGCCGCCGCUGGACUCAGGUGAAGGAAGGAGAUAUCGAGAUAUCUUGCAGGUCUGGCCGAGGAGAUGGAAAGCGCAUUUCCUCCGGGAUUAAUUAUAUAUUAUUUGCAUUCUGAAUGAUUCACGCGUUACUAGAGUACACAUUACCUGAUAAUAUAAAAAUAAAGCAUUUUCUCAGCUGAGAUCUCGAAUUAGACUGAACACCUUCCCAGGAGAGAGGGAUACAGAGAGGGAGCGAGGAAGACGGGAGAUCCGGAACUUUAUUUGUAAGAAAGGGGAGCAGAGCCGCGACCCCGCUCGAGUUUCGUGUUUUUAGGAAGACCUCAGAAGCGAGCCUCCAUGAAUGUCGCCCCACUACGCGGACCUUUUCCAAACGAUAGCGGCUCCCUUGACUAAUAAAAGCGGGCGAUUGAAGCGGACAAGCCGUUGGUGUGGGAUUUUUGAUGCAUGCGAGCUGUAACACCAUGAUCUUUAUGAUUCUCGGGGCUUCUGUUGUUAUGAGUUGACCAGAUGCCUUGGUUGUCGGCUCUUACAGGCAAUAGCGUGCUUAAUGGACAUGAAUGCACUACUGGAUCGCUUUCACAAUUAUAUCUUACCGCAUUUAAGAGGGGAGGAUCGCGUCUGUCAUUGCAACUGUGGAAGGCACCAUCUGCACUAUGUAAUCCCCUACGAUGGAGACCAGUCUCUGGUGGACUCCUCUGAGAAUUACUUUGUGAGUGACAGCGUCACCAAGCAGGAGAUCGACCUGAUGCUGGGGCUGCUGCUGGGGUUCUGUAUCAGCUGGCUGCUGGUGUGGCUGGAUGGAGCUCUGCACUGCGCUGUGAGGGCGUGGCGAGCCAGCCGGCGCUACGACUCCCCCGCCUGGUCCUGGCUGCCCCGGUUCUGUAACCUGCGGGAGUUGCGGCGUCCCGCGGCGCUGCGCCAGUUCGAGGACUCCAGCGGGAACAUGGUGCACAUCAAACAGAAGCUGUACCACAACGGGCACCCCAGCCCUCGCCACCUCUGAGCAGCGCCCUCCGAACAGAGCCUUCCACCAGCGCUCUCGCCAGGCCUUUCCA